UCUAAAAGCCACUCUCCGUUUUCCUCGCCGGAAGCUGCCAUCGCAGCAGCGGAAGAGGCGCGACCUUCGACUUGCAAUGUCCACGAACAACAUGUCGGACCCACGGAGGCCAAACAAGGUGCUGAGGUACAAGCCUCCACCGAGCGAGUGUAACCCGGCCUUGGACGACCCGACGCCGGAUUACAUGAACCUGCUUGGCAUGAUCUUCAGCAUGUGCGGUCUCAUGCUCAAGCUGAAGUGGUGCGCGUGGGUGGCCGUCUACUGCUCCUUCAUCAGCUUCGCCAACUCCCGUAGCUCUGAGGACACUAAGCAGAUGAUGAGUAGCUUCAUGUUGUCCAUCUCUGCUGUGGUGAUGUCAUAUCUGCAGAACCCUCAGCCCAUGACGCCCCCCUGGUGAUGAGCCUAUGACAGAGUCACAUCCUUGACCCCUGUGCACACCUUCCCUCAGGCCUGGAGCUUGGCCACUCUGCCUCCUGUCUCCGGUUGACACUUUGGGCUUCCCUGGGUGAGGUGGUCUCAGGGCCUGGAGCUGAAUGAAGGCCCCUUUGGGCCCAUUCCCACUUACUCUGGGGGAGAGAGGGAAAUACCAUUGGCCUGCUCUUGCCUUCUUCCCCAUCCUGCCUGCUGCUGGAAGAGAUGCUAUCCAUGUUGCUAGGUGUAUCCACUUGUUUUCUUGUUGGAACCAGUGAAUAAUAAAGAUUUGCAAUCUGA